ACGAGUCCAGAGGCUCCAGCAGUUACGGAGGCGUUUCAGAAUUGCCAUUCACGUCAUCUCUGGUGCAUACGAGACUGCUGGAUUCUGAGGAGGUUUUGUUGUGCAUCAUGAGGAAGCUUCCUUCUGUUCUGGCUAGGACACUUACUUCUGGGACCACUGGCUCCCCAGUGCUUCUAGACAUGUUUGAAGGACAUUCACCUAUUCAUGUGAAUAAUGUGCGGAACAAGUUGAGGGAUAUAGUGGGAGCAUCUGCCAACUGGAGUGAUCAUGUGCAAGCAAUGCAAGAAAGAAAAGCUCUUCAUACUUUGCUGGCAAAAUGUCAGGAAGAUCUCCCUCCCAGAAGAAUGAAGGAUAGCUACUUGGAAGUUAUUCUACCUCUAGGAAGUCAGCCUGAAAUAAGAGAAAAGUACCUGAACGUACACAACAGUGUAAGAUUUGGAAGGAUCCUUGAAGAUCUUGACAGUUUAGGAGUUCUUAUUUGCUACACUCACACCAAGCAGGAAAUGCAGCCAAAGUCUCCCUUAUCCAUAGUCACAGCUCUGGUGGAUAAAAUCAAUUUGUGCAAGAAGAUUAUAUAUCCAGACUGUGACAUCAAAUUCACAGGCAAUGUUUCUUGGGUUGGGAAGACCUCAAUGGAAGUGACGAUGCACAUGCUGCAGCUACAUGAUGGUGAUUACAGCCCUGUGUUAGAUGCAACCUUUGUCAUGGUGGCCCGGGACCCAGAGAAUAAACGGCCAGCAUUUGUUAAUCCACUCAUUCCUGAGAGUCCUGAGGAGGAAGAAAUCUUCAAGCAAGGGGAAUUGAACAAGCUGAGGAGGAUUGAAUUCAGCACUGCUUCCUUACUGAAAAUGGCUCCCACUGCAGAAGAAAGAAACAUUGUGCAUGACAUAUUCCUUCAUACUUUGGACACAAAGACAGUAAGUUUCCGGAGUCGUAAAUUACCACCCAAUUCAGUGUGGAUGGAAGAUGCAAAGCUAAAAGGCCUGCAGAUUUGCCAUCCUCAGGAACGGAACAUCUUCAAUAGAAUCUUUGGGGGUUUUCUCAUGAGAAAGGCAUUUGAACUGGGAUGGGCAACUGCUUGCAGCUAUGGGGGUUCCAGACCCUUUAUUGUAUCUGUUGAUGAUAUCAUGUUUCAGAAGCCAGUUGAGAUUGGAUCCUUAUUACUGCUUUCUGCACAGGUCUCUUACACGGAAAAAAACUACAUCCAGAUUCGAGUGCACAGUGAAGUUUAUGAUGCAAAUACCAGGGAGCACCAUACUACCAAUAUCUUCCAUUUUACAUUUAUAUCAGAAAAUGAGGUCCCACGGGUUGUACCUAAUACAUAUGGAGAGUCCAUGUUGUAUUUAGAUGGGAAGCGACACUUUGAUGCAGUCAUGAAAGAAAUCUGACAGGCGCUGGGUGCUGCAUCAGCAGGGUAGCAGCACUGUCUUGGAAAGAGAAGGCUAAAGGACAGGUGCUUGCAAUACUCAAAAAACCCCCCAACAACCACCCAAAACCAAACCAAACCAUAACAAACCCAAACUCCACAACAAAACCUGCCUUUUUACUGCUCUUUAUGUAUUUGCAUAUAUUUGGAUUUUUUAUUGUUUGCUACUAGAAUUUGUUGAAAUCUACUUUCACAUGCCAAUGCUACGAAAAAAGGCUGAAAAAUACGGUUUUGGCUUUAGAUAGCUUCUCUUUUUCUGCUUUGAGAGAUCUCAUUACAACCUUUGCUGUCUUGUCACCAUCUGCCUUUGUUCCCUUAGUAGCUCUCCUUUGUGUUUCCCUGAUAAUGGAUAGAAGUUCUGUCAGAAAAAUGUGUGCAAUAGGUAGAUGCACACAGGUGGAGCAAUUUGACCUACAUUCUUGUGUGAAUUAGCUUUAAGGUCAUCUUUUUUUUUUAACAGGGACACAUGUAUCUAGGCAGCAGCAUAGGCUCAGAAGUUACUAGUGUGUACACAAUGUAAAGCAGGUGUUUCCCAUCAGUGGGGAUUUUACAAGGUUAUUGCAGCUUCUGUUUUGGAUGGAUUCACAUUCCCUUGGGAGGAAACAGAUUUUUGCAAUGAAAUGGGGUGGCCAGGUGGUAUCUUCUGGCAUUCUGUUCGUGUACAGCCAGUCCUUGCCAGCCUCUUCUAACUUUUGUUUUGUUUGUUUUAAUAUAUAACAGUAAGUGAGUUCCUUAGUGAAUUAUUUCUCAUGUCCUGCAGACUAGAGACCUUAUUGGUAGGAUUGGGUGGGACUGGGAAAUGGCACUGUAGAACAGAACAUUUUGGUUUAUUAAGGAUUGGGAACAAAAAAGGUAAAAUGCUGCUCAAAUGAUAAUGGCGAUGUUUGAUGCUGGAGUUAGGGGUUUAAAGAAUCUUUGUUGAGCAGCUCCCAAGUCAGCUGCUGAAUGGUGGGAGGAUCUUUGACCACUGAGGGGUGGUACAGCUAGAGGACAGCCUCCCCCUCAGCUGGAUUAUUCACCUGGUUCCUUGGCGGACUGAAAUGCAGUAUGAGUAUUGCAUAGGUUGGCAAGUUUACCUGUGAAGGACAGAGCACUUUCCCACCACAGAGGGGACUCUAUGGUGGACAUAACUAUGGCAACAGGAAGUAAUAGGAAGAAAGUAAUGGAUACUAAAGUGCUUCUGAUGUAAUGGAGAAAGUUUUAAUAAUCUUGAGUAUCUGGCAGAUACAGCUUAACAUCCUGAAAUCAGGAAGGUGAGGGGAUGGGAGGCAUCAACUUUUAGCAGUGAAUAUAAUUAUCACAAGCACAAAACUAGACCUCUGAUACCUUCACAUCAAGACUGAUAUCCUGUCUGAUCAAGACACACAAAGAGGAAUUCGGCUCAGUGAUAGUUAAAUGGAUGACAUGUGAUGCCUAAUGAUACACAAGAACAGACUCUGACUUGAGAUAAAAGAUUGAUAAAAUAAAGCAGCAUGUUAUGCUUUUGUUUCUGAGUAAGAAAAUCUGAGAAAUUCAUAAUUAGGACCAGUUUCCUUUGGUGCUAGGAUGGCAUGAAGUUCCUGGCUCCUGACAGCUAAUUGUUGUUCCUGUGAGGAGAGUGAGCGUUGUAAUAACCAGCAUGUUGCACAUCAGCCUUUCCUUUCUAAGACUCAGCUGCUGUUACUGAUGAGUGGGAUCAACAGCUUUCCAGUGGAGGCACAGGGUUGUUGCCUGCUCAGAUCAAUGCAUUGCCAUGAUAGUAACCUCUUGGUUCCUUCUGUAGGAUUUCUCUCUUCAGCCAUACUCCAGUGCUGACUCAGCUUUAUGAUUUUAUAAUCUUUUUCUUUAAUGAUUUUAAUGCUGUGGAGAUAUGUUGUAUUUUCUGGGCUUCUCCCUUUUAAAACUCUUUGGAAACUCAAUAUACUUGACUGACUACACAAAUAAAAAACUGAAAUUCUG